CUCCCCCCCUCGGUGACGUCAGUAGUGUGAAGAAGAAGAUGGCGGCGCUCGUGAAGGCGGAAGUGUUGCAGUUUAGUCCUCCCUGGAUCGUGUGACUGCCCUCUGCAGGCUGAAGGGGUUAAUGAACUUCACCAUGAACAACAAGGACGCCAUGACAGAGUCAGAGACCAGCGGUCAGAUGAAAGUGUUUUUGCCCAAUAAGCUGUUGGAGUGUUUGCCUCGCACGACGACUUUACCCAAAGAGAGACUGCGCUGGAACACAAAUGAGGAAAUUGCGUCCUUCCUGAUUUCCUUUGACAGACACGACGAGUGGCUUUCCUGCAGCCUUAAGACCAGGCCACAGAACGGUUCAAUCAUCCUGUAUAAUCGCAAGAAGGUCAAAUACCGGAAAGAUGGAUAUUGCUGGAAGAAGAGGAAAGACGGGAAGACGACGAGAGAGGAUCACAUGAAGCUGAAGGUUCAGGGCAUGGAGUGUCUUUACGGUUGUUAUGUUCAUUCCUCCAUCGUCCCAACAUUCCACAGGAGAUGCUAUUGGCUACUGCAGAACCCAGACAUCGUGCUAGUGCACUACCUGAACGUGCCGUCGCUGGAGGACAGUGUGAAGUCGUGUGGUCCGGUGUCCUGUGCUCUGACCGACCGGCGGGACAGUCUGCGCUGGAGCCGAGACGAACUGCUGUCGCAACUCAAACCCAUGUUCCACAGUUUGAAAUGGUCUUGUGGAGGCAACGGCGCCGUGGAUCUCUCUGUGGAGCAGAUGGUGCAACAGAUCCUGGAAACACAACAGACCAAACCCCAGCCACGAACACACACCUGCCUCUGCGCAUCUCCCGGAUCCAACAUUCCUCAUCGCUGCAACAGCACAAAACAUCGCAUCAUUUCCCCCAAACUGCCCGCCCCUUACCCCGCCCUCACGGAGCUGCAGAAUCUGGCCAAUGAGGGCUCAGGAGCAGAGGUCGGGCGAGAGGCGGGGCCAGGCGAUGCGUCAGUUGCUGUCGUGCCUUCAGAGAGAAAGCAGCCGCCAGAAGAUCAGAUCGAGGACAUGGUGGGCGUGGCUUCCCCAUGCUCCGCCUCUUCCUCGUCAUCUUCCAGUCCGCCACAAACGCAGCGGGCGGCGACAAUCGCGCUGAGCAACGGAAAUGGUUUCCAGCGUGGCGGAUUAGCAACGGUGGCGCUGCCGCAGAACGCGGUAAUCGUGAUGACGACGGCGGCGCCGGUAAGCCGUGGAUGUGGGGAGGAGCCAAACGGCGAGACCCGACUUUCGCUCACUCGUGCCGGCGGACGCUUAGUUUUAUCUCCUGUCCCGGCUAAACAUGACACGCCCUCUCCGCCAAGCUCCGCCUCCCCACCGAGCCCCAUCCCGGCGAAUCAGGGCGUGGCCACGCUGUCACUCACUCUACUUCCCAGCCCUGUGAUUGGAGGACUGCUGCUGACCCGAUCGCAUUAUCCCAGAAGCACCCGGGACGCUCCUCCACCGUCGUCCCCUUCGCCCUCGCUUCUUCCGUUCGACCCCGAUUCGUUCCUCAACAGCCCCAAACAGGGCAGACGUACGGAGGCCCCGCCUCCAUCUCCGCCUCUUCCUCCCCGUCUCCGCCUCCUUCCACAUCUCCUCAGCCUCCUUCUCUCGCUCUCUCACUCUCUCCCACUUCUCCCCCGUCCUCUCUCUCUUCCCUCUCUUCUGAGACGGAGAGGAAGAGUAUUCCAGGUCGUCCCGCCUCCAGUCCGCCUCUUUUUCGUUUUCGCUCUCUCCGACGCGAACGACUCCUGCGUUGCUCACGAUGUAUCUCGAGACAUCAUUAGGGCUUGAUUCGUUGAGCCCCUCACUUUCAGUCCCGCCCACAAACGGCACAGCUCCUCCCACCGGAUUCAAUGCUCAAGCCACGCCCACUCAUCUACUAACCAAUCAGCUCUCUCCUUCCCAACACGUCAACAACCAACUGGCAGCCGCCAACACAACCACCUCCCCUCGAAGUGCUGCCGGACCAAUCAGCUUCCUCAAGAAGGAGAAAAGGCGGAGCUUAUGCAGUCAGAGCUUCAAGUGCAAUCCUGUCUUUUAACCAACACACUCCAUGUGCAUUCAACCACAGAAUCUGACUCCGCCCCCAGCCACACCCACAAACAUGACGCCCAUACAGGUUAAAGAGGAGCAGUCUCCGCCCACUCAUUAUGAUUCAGAAGUGACGCCCAUGGACACCACCCACUGCGCCCAUAUAGACGGCGAGGAGGCGGGCUUACGUUUGACUCCACCUUCCCUGACUUAAUAUCUGAGCUGAUCACCGAGGAGACCGUGAGCCACGCCCCCGCCCCGACUCCGCCUAUUUACCCCGUCAGGUACAUGGUCCCGCCCCAGCCGACGCCGUCCACCUCGUUCCUGCCCUUCCCGCUCCUCACACACACACACUCGCCUCGCGUCCGGCGGCGCGCCGGAGGAGUCCCAGCGCUUGGCCAACAUCACCGACUUCUCACCGGAGUGGUCCUACCCGGAGGUACGAGUCUUUC